CGGAAAAUAGCCGAUCGGAGCGGGAGCCGGAGAGCCGAAGCCGCCCCUGCUCAAAGACUCGAAGGAAGCGGCGCCGUCACCGAGACACUGAGCCCAGCUGCCCGCUCAGCGCCGCGAACAUGGCCAGGGAUUAUGACCACCUCUUCAAGCUCCUCAUCAUUGGGGACAGCGGUGUAGGGAAAAGUAGUCUCCUACUACGGUUUGCAGAUAACACAUUUUCAGGCAGCUACAUUACUACGAUAGGGGUGGAUUUUAAGAUAAGAACUGUGGAAAUCAAUGGCGAGAAAGUUAAGUUGCAGAUCUGGGACACAGCUGGGCAAGAACGAUUUCGAACCAUCACCUCCACGUAUUACAGAGGCACUCACGGGGUUAUAGUGGUAUAUGAUGUCACCAGUGCAGAAUCAUUUGUUAACGUCAAGCGGUGGUUACAUGAAAUAAACCAGAAUUGUGAUGAUGUGUGUCGGAUACUGGUUGGCAACAAGAAUGACGAUCCUGCACGCAAAGUGGUAGAGACCAAUGACGCACAGAAGUUUGCAGAACAGAUGGGCAUUCAACUUUUUGAAACCAGUGCAAAGGAGAACCUCAACGUCGAAGAGAUGUUCAACUGCAUCACAGAGCUCGUGCUGCGUGCCAAGAAAGAAAACUUAGCCAAACAGCAGCAACAGCAGCAGAAUGAUGUCAUCAAACUGUCCAAAAACAGUAAAAAGAAGAGGAAGUGUUGCUAACGAGGAACAAAAACAAAUGGACUUCUUUGCAAUGAACAGUCCCUUUCACUUGGACUUGUAUAUCACAAAUUCAGAAACGAACGUUCUUUUUCAUCCCCCACCCCACCUCUCCCCCACAACUCUCCCCUCGCCCACACCCUCACCCCGAGCCCUGGGAGGAUAAUGUUUGAGAGCAGAUGUGGGGUCUUGUUGGCUCGGUGCUGUUGCUCCUAGAUUUCAGUUUCCGAAUUAUUAUUUUUCCAUUGAAAGUGACUGCAUCAAUGGAGCUCAGUGCCAAGAUCGGAGCAGAUCGUCUCAUUCCAUUUGAUUUGUACGGACCUACAGAGAAAAUAAAUGAGUGACUUGUCUCGCUUAAGGGAUUUAAAAACCCUGUACAUAAUGUACAGCUUUAACGCCACCCCUUUCCUCAUCGCUUCGCCUAAUACUGUCAGAUGCCAAGAAAUCAUGAAGCACCUUCAUUCUCUCGUCUAUUUGAUUUUUAAUAAGUAAAUAUCUUCAGAUCCAA